AUGCUACUUGCAAAUAAAAUGCGUUCAUAUGUAAUCAGUCUGGCUGCGAGAGAAUCUACCGGGUUUGUGCUCUCAGAAGUGGAAUGGCAGCCACAUCUAUCUAUCUAUCUAUCUAUCUAUCUAUCUAUCUAUCUAUCUAUCUAUCUAUCUAUCUAUCUAUCCCAGUCUGUUCAUUAUCUAUCUAUCUAUUUAUCUAUUUAUCUAUCUAUCCCAAUAUAUUUUCUAUAUGCCUAUGCAAAUCUAUCUAUCUAUCUAUCUAUCUAUCUAUCUAUCUAUCUAUCUAUCUAUCUAUCCCAAUAUAUUUUCUAUAUGCCUAUGCAAAUCUAUCUAUCUAUCUAUCUAUCUAUCUAUCUAUCUAUCUAUCUAUCUAUCUAUCUAUCUAUCCCAAUAUAUUUUCUAUAUGCCUAUGCAAAUCUAUCUAUCUAUCUAUCUAUCUAUCUAUCUAUCUAUCUAUCUAUCUAUCUAUCCCAAUAUGUUUUCUAUAUGCCUAUGCAAAUCUAUCUAUCUAUCUAUCUAUCCCAAUAUAUUUUCUAUAUGCCUAUGAAAAUCUAUCUAUCUAUCUAUCUAUCUAUCUAUCUAUCUAUCUAUCUAUCUCAUAUAUUUUCUAUAUGCCUAUGCAAAUCUAUCUAUCUAUCUAUCUAUCUAUCUAUCUAUCUAUCUAUCUAUCUAUCCCAAUAUAUCUUCCAUAUACCUAUGCAAAUCUAUCUAUCUAUCUAUCUAUCUAUCUAUCUAUCUAUCUAUCUAUCUAUCCCAAUAUACUUUCUAUAUGCCUAUGCAAAUCUAUCUAUCUAUCUAUCUAUCUAUCUCUAUAUCUAUCUAUCUAUCUAUCUAUCUAUCUAUCCCAAUAUAUUUUCUAUAUGCCUAUGCAAAUCUAUCUAUCUAUCUAUCUAUCUAUCUAUCUAUCUAUCUAUCUAUCUAUCUAUCUAUCUAUCUAUCCCAAUAUAUUUUCUAUAUGCCUAUGCAAAUCUAUCUAUCUAUCUAUCCCAAUAUAUUUUCUAUAUGCCUAUGCAAAUCUAUCUAUCUAUCUAUCUAUCCCAAUAUAUUUUCUAUAUGCCUAUGCAAAUCUAUCUAUCUAUCUAUCUAUCUAUCUAUCUAUCUAUCUAUCUAUCUAUCUAUCUAUCUAUCUAUCCCAAUAUGUUUUCUAUAUGCCUGUGCAAAGCUGUUCAUAUCUAUCUAUCUAUCUAUCUAUCUAUCUAUCUAUCUAUCUAUCUAUUAUCUAUCCCAUAUAUUUUCUAUAUGCCUAUGCAAAUCUAUCUAUCUAUCUAUCUAUCUAUCUAUCUAUCUAUCUAUCUAUCCCAAUAUGUUUUCUAUAUGCCUGUGCAAAGCUGUUCAUAUCUAUCUAUCUAUCUAUCUAUCCCAUAUAUUUUCUAUAUGCCUAUGCAUGCAAAUAUCUAUCUAUCUAUCUAUCUAUCUAUCUAUCUAUCUAUCUAUCUAUCUAUCUAUCCCAAUAUGUUUUCUAUAUGCCUAUGCAAAGCUGUUCAUAUCUAUCUAUCUAUCUAUCUAUAUAUCCCAUAUAUUUUCUAUAUGCCAAUGCAAAUCUAUCUAUCUAUCUAUCUAUCUAUCUAUAUCUAUCUAUCUAUCUAUCUAUCUAUCCCAAUUUGUUUUCUAUAUGCCUAUGAAAGCUGUUCAUAUCUAUCUAUCUAUCUAUCUAUCUAUCUAUCUAUCUAUCUAUCUAUGUAUCCCAUAUAUUUUCUAUAUGCCUAUGCAAAUCUAUCUAUCUAUCUAUCUAUCUAUCCCAAAUAUUCUCUAUGUGCCAAAAAUCUGAAUCUAUCUAUCUAA